AUGGCAAUGGCAAUGGCAACGGCAACGAUUCGCUUGAACGCUGCGGAUGAAUCCGGCCGUCUCCACUCUUCUCGCUGUGCGGACUCGAACCUCGAAUGCAUAUAUCCCGUCCGAAAUAAGAAAGUCAAGGUCGGUCAGCGAUAUCUCAACGGGCUCGAGGCAGAGAACAAGCGUCUCGCUGCUUUGGUGUCUACUCUGAGCACGCCUGGCGCAGCAGCUCUAGCGACCGAGCAGACUCCAUCCGAACCAAGAGCAGAUAAUGCCGACAGAAACCCGUUGAUUGAAGAACGUCCCUGGUUUGUCUCAUUCAAGAAUGUCGAUCUUCCCAUCCACGUCGGAGAAGCGGCCGAUGCUGCGUUUGCGACUCGUCUGCGACAGGCGGCAUCGUCGUCCGCAGUCAGCCAUAUCCCACGCGUGCAUUAUAUGAGCGAUGAUACCCUGCGCGCCUUUGCAGACCAGCCGAUCGAGCUGCCGAGCGCCUCCAGACUGCGCUUUCUCGUCGACGUCGCGCUCAAGACGACGUGCAAGAACUGGCACAUUUCGAGACCAAGUGUCGUGCAAGAAGAUGUGCAAAAGCUGAUUUCCAAUCCCACGUCGUGCGACUGGCUUCUUCAGUGCCGCAUCUGGGCAUUGCUUGCCCUCGGAGAGGCCUUCUCCUCGCGAUGUGUGCUUCCGAAUGAGCCGUUCCCAGGCGCGCAGUACUGGGCCCGAGCCAUGCAACUUGCACAUAUGCCAUGCGAACGACCGAAGUUGGACUUGGUGGAAGUGCAUCUCCUGAUGGCCCUAUAUGCCUCCUCCAUGAAUCGACGACAUACGGCCAUUCUUCUCGCCAGCCAUGCCCUUCGACUGUGCAUCAUCCUCGGCCUCCACAUCGAGGUCGGCGAGACGCAGCUGCGUGACCCAGUCAUGCGAGAACAUCGAUGUCGUCUGUGGUGGACGGCAUAUCGAUUCGAUCGACUUUGGGCCUCGAAGAUCGGCUGGCCACCCUCCAUUCCCGACGACAGUAUCGAGAUUGGACUCCCUUCGGAUACAGGUCUCUCGCAAGAGGUCCGUGGUGACUUUGAAGACUUCGAGUAUGUCAUCAUGUCCGUCCGUCUUGCCAGAAUGCUCAACAACGCUGUCAAUACUCUGUACGUGCGAAAGCGACAGCCCACGUCCUUUUCGGAACGCGUGCAAGCGGCCGUUCGAGCCUUGCGAGACUGGGCCGAUGGAUUACCAGACCAUUUGAAAUUGAACGUAGGAGAUGAUGCUGUGACGAACCCGGAGAACCAUGUGCUAUAUCUGCACUUGGCCUUCAACCAAGCAGUGAUUGUGACUACCAGACCGAUUCUGCUACAUCUCUUCAAGCAACGCCGACCACAUCUCGCACACGACAGCACUCCUGCGCAGAACUUUCCCGACUCGGCAUUGUCGUUGACCACGGCCUGUAUCCGAUGCGCUCGGCAGUCCAUGGCUCUGCUGAAGCAAGCGUGGGCUGAGGGCACCUUUCCCACCUUUGACUACUUUCACAUGCAAUUUCUCUUCUCCUCGGCGACAGUCUUGGUACUAUCAGCGCUGCUGCAAGGCUCUGGCUGGGCGAAUGACCGUGAGGACUUCCUCCUAGCCGGCACGUUUCUACGACAGCUUGAACGAAGCGGGAACUUUGGGGCGAAGGAGUUUUGCACGCAUGUUGAUGCACUCAAGAUCACGUUAUACGAGAACAUUGAUGCGGCUGCUGGACUCGGUCAAGGUGGAGUGGCUACUGUUGGAAUGAGCAACGGCACGACAACUUCAUCUACGCCACUGCCGAAUCCUCCAUUACAGGACUUUCUCAAUCAUCCCGAGGUUGAUUUCAACUUUAUGGAUCAGAUCGGCGGUACUUGGAUCGACUGGCAGGACGUUUUCUGGCCGGGAAUGGAUUUACCACCUACUUGA